AUGAUAUUAUCGUCAACAAAAGAUCCAGCAAACAACAACGAUAUUCAAUUCGAAUAUGCUGAACCUGAAGAAGAUCCCUCCCACCAGUUUACAACUGUACAAGAUAUCAUCCGCUUAGAGGAAAACCAACUCACAUGUGUCAAAGGCAUUUUGACUCUACGCCCAGACAGCGUCCAACAGAUCCCUAUGAAGGAUGGUUAUUUAGUCUCUAUGUUAGAACGUUGCACUGUUUCUGAUGAUACCGGCACCUGUCACCUGACCUUGUGGGGAACAGCCAUCCAAGAAGUCGCAAAUCACAAAUCUUAUUCCAUCACAGAUGUGAGUAUAAAGAUCUUCAACUCCAUCAAGUAUCUCAAAUCUACUCCACCAACAACCUUUACCAUUGCUGAAGAAUCCUAUGAACCACCAAGUGAAGAAGAUUUCUCCAGACUUUUCAAUACCGUAUCAAAUUACGUUCCAAAAAUCCUACUCGCUGAUAGUUACAAGACUUGGCUGGCGUGCGUGAAAUGUGGAAAACAAGUCACUGAAGUUACAACAACCACCGCGAGUCUUAUCAAAUGUGCCAUUUGCAGCACUGUGCAACCUCUCUCCUCAUGUCACCUGAAAGGAUCCGUUUGCUGAACCUAUCUGGCUAAAAGUGUUCACAUCAACUAUUCAGACAAUGCUGGAACACGUUUCUUCUGUGACAUUGCAAUCACCAGAAGAACAAGUCUUCGUUCAACUUUUCUUGCUUAAAAACUUUUUUGUUGAUUUCAACGAACAAUCAUUAGUUGUGGAGGACGUUCGUUUCAAAUAAAUGUAAGUACUUGCCAAACUUUUUAAGCUAUUCUCUCAUAACUAUUUCCUUGGAGAACUUAGCUUAACUUCGUUUUACAAUACUAUUACAACUACGUAUUCAGCUUGAACCGGGGCACUUGUCUUAAAUUACUCUGAAGAACUUUCGUUUGCUUCCUUUUUUCGAUAAUACCUUUUUCUCUUCUUUUUUUUAUGACAAUUGCUUCUUCGUUUGUAUAAAUAAACCUGUCUGGUCAAAAAUGUCACUACCUUUUAAGCAUUUUUUUUCAAACCGACAGACAUUAAAAUCUAGAGUACUUCACAGAGUAAUAGACAAGCCCUUUACAAUUAUCACAGUUGUUCUCUUUCUCAAAAAAAAAAAAAUGACUCAGGACAACAAAGUUCCUUCAACAACAAGAAAUUCACAACAUAAAUAACUUCCAUACUCCAAACCAUGUGGCUUUCAAAAUCUACAAUCUACUCCAAGUUACCAAACUGAGUCAUUUUUAUGUCCAAGAUCCUUUGAUUCUCUUUUUCUCUAGUCAGGUCAGGUCAACUAAUACAUUUGCCCUGCUAUAGCUAUGACUAUAAGCUAUACAAACUGUAAUGGUCAUACGCCGAGUGCCAGGCGGCGGUUAAUUAACCUAGCUAACCCAUUUAUGCCAACGGCUUUGGGCGGACGAGCACUCUGGGGAGGGUAGUGGAACCCCUUAAUGGAGGAAAUAACAUCAGAAGGCAGAUGAGUGAACAAUUUUACAUUCUUCACCAACGGCACCCACACAACUCCUAUUUAAGCCCCAAUUGUGGCUUUUGGUUGUUUUUAGUUCUUGUUGUUGUUUAUCUUUAUCGGGGAAUAAACAGAUGGAACACUACAUCGCACUCAAGAUCAACACACCCCUACUAAAUAAUUAAGUAAUUGACAAGAUUCAGCUGUAAACAAAAGGAGUUGCAUUGCCUAUCAAUACUCAUUACUCCUCAUAUUACAUUUCAUAAUCAACAAUCUGUUGACAAUAAUAUUAUUGUUGUGACAAUAAAAAAUGAGUAAGGAAACCAAUGCUGAUUACACAUCAAUGAAAGAUGUAAAACCCCUUCUACAUUUCUGGAAAAUAUAACUUUGCAAAUGUUCAAUUUCAAUUUCCACUUAACUUUAAACAGACCCUUCUUUUCUUAGUCAUUUCUAUUUUCUGGCUAUAAUUAAAUUUUCUUCUAGAAUCAUAAUCAUUGCGUUUUCUAAUCAUACUCCUUUAUCAUCUGUUAUGCAAUAACUAAAUCAUUAUUCAGUAAAACUAACUCAAAAUACCUCGUUUUUGGAACAUCUCUUUAGUAUAGUUCAACUUUAUUUUGAUUCCUGAGAGACACUUUUGAGUUCACUUCUCAUCAACUUUGUUACAAUCUGUCAACAAAAAUAAACUAAUUUUUACCAUUAUUGAUUUGUUUGUUACUUUCAACUUCUCAAAUUGAAUAAAAGUUAUUCAGUUUCCUUUAAGGAGUGAAAUUAUUCUUUGAACAAAUGAAAUACUCUAAUCAAGUUGUGCUGAAACUAAACAAAGGACCCUUUCUCAACAUUGGUAUCACAACAACUCAAAAUUAUGAAACUUCGCCCCCUUCACAUCAGCCCACUUACCAGAAAUCAAUUUUGCAUUGCCUUGAUACACAGAAGGCCCAACCUCACUACACAAACACUGACAUGGCUUUUGCUCGUGAGUGCUAUUGUGUUACAAACAGUUAUUUACAAACACUUGUAUGAGAUGUGAACAGUUUUUGUCAAAAGAGAGAAAAAAUCUUGUUUUUAAAUAAAAUCGACUUAUCUUAUUCCCUUGUUGUAUUCUUUGUUCUUUGCCCACAUCUCAGGCCGUUUUGAACCAUUUUCACCAGGUUAGCACCAUUUUGGUGUUCCGCUGCGAAGACAGACUUUCUCUUAGCAGUGGAACACGAAAAUAGCACUAACUCGCUGAAAAUGCCUCAAAACUCCCGAGACAUGGGCAAUUAAACAACAACAAAUACAACAAGGCAAUAAGGUACACCAAUUUUAUUAAAAAACACAGAACAUUUUUUCUCUCUUUUUAAAAAAUCAUUCACAUCCCAUACAACCCUUUGUAAAUAACCGUUUGUAACACAACACUGCUUGCAAGCAAGAGUCACCUCCACAUUCCUGUAGUGACCUUGGGUACCCUGUGGUUGACAUCACAAAUUUCAGCUCUGUUUCCAAGAUAAGAAAAAGUCAAAGACCGUGCACAUUAAACAAAGCAAAAAUGUCAAAACAUAACAAUAUUAACUUUCAGUCACUCUUUAACCUGUAACACUGCAAUUCAAUUGGAUAUUAGUGAUCUGAAAAAUACAGCAGGCAAUGCGAUGUUGGCUAAUGCAACACAAUUUGAUCGAGACUGCCACAAUUAAUCUCCCCUUCAUCUCGGAAAGCGGUAUGAAGAGUUCAUGGCAAAAUCUUCAACCUGCUUAUUAAGAUCUCAUUUGCAAAAACCGACAUUUCAGGAAAAGAGUCAGCCUGCCCUCACAUAUGAAUGACACAUCGAACAUUUCACAAAUGAUUCAUAGAAAUACACUCCAACACAGCGUCUCCAAAACCAGGAAGGUCCAGUUUCUCAGCUUAAGAGAUCUCAUGAUCACCUUAGCUCUAAAUUCUUUAUAAAAUUUUCGAUGUCUUCGAAUUAG